GUCGUGCGUCGAAGGAGAGGGGAAAUAAAAGAAACGAAGGAAGGAGAGAGAGGGACACUGGCCAUUGGGUUAUCUGAGUCGGAUCAACCGAGUUGGGUGACCGAAUCAACAUAGGAGUGACGAGACAACUCAGCUUAAAAAAAAAAAUCAGAGGGUGCGGUUUGGCAAUAGCCAAAAGAUGGAGAACGAGAAGGGGAUUAUUAGUCCUCUUAUAUGCCUUUACCUCUCUCAUUCUCAUCAUUGUUGUUAUCUUUCCUUCUCUAACCCUAAUCCUACCUAUCCAACCAUCAGUAAAGCUAUAACUAUAACCAAACGCCACCCGCAAAUCCCUGUACCUCAAUCAUUUUCCUUUUCCUUUUCCUUGCUUCUGUCGCUUCUCUGCUAUGAGGACGUCUGGUGUCGAAUUUUCUUAAAGCAUUUUCAAGAGUCUUUGGAGUUCACGGUUUUUAUGGUUUAUCUUUAUCUCAUGAUCUGAGUGGAAGCCACUGGGCUAUUACGGAUUUGUCAUCAUGGAAGAUUGUGGUCUUCCUCAGUUUGAUGGCAUUAGGAGUGCUGUAAGGAAGAAAAGGAGCCGAACAUCUUGCCGGCCUAAGCCUGAUGCACAGCCAGUAAUUGACAGCUGUGACCAUUCACCCUCAUCAACCACGCCACCUUCAGAUGAUGUGAGCAAGGCAUCCAGUGAUGAGAAUUUCAAUGCUAAUUCUGGGAGGAAAGAGUUCAAUCUCAAUCAAUGUAUGUCCAGUGUUUCUUCUUCUACUGGAGUUGAAGGUGAAAAAUCCCAUAUGAGGAACAAGGACAGCAAAGGAUUCAAUGCAUUCUACCAUAAUGAUGCAGGACUAAAUGCAUUUAACAAUAAACGCUCUAGUGAAGGUGUCCUCGCCCCUGCUAAAUGGAAAAACACAAGCAAGUUGAAGGAAUCCUUUGACUCAGACUCAAGAAGUGCAAAUAUUUAUAGUGGAAGAAAUGGUGAAAGUCAGAGUUCAGAGCAGUCAGGUGUGAUUUUAGAUGUGUUAGUUAAUGAUAACAAGGUUAGAAAAGUUAAGCUAAAGGUCAGUGGUGUCGCUCCCACAAUUCAAGCCAACUCAAUAACUGAUGGUGCAUCUACUAAGAAGUUUCAAUUCUCAGAAACUUCCAGAUCUUGGCAGAAGAAGAAUUUUCAGGGGAAUUUAGAGGAAGACCAUUCCAUUUUGCAUAAGAGGACUGGUUUGCAAGGUGUCCCCUGGAAGGAUUUUUCCGCAGGUGGUUUUAGUCUUGGGAAAGACGGUACUUCUGGGAAGAAUGCAUCAGGAAAACAUGGGGAGAAAUCUCAACCAGUUCAUGUGAGCAAGCGGUUCCCCAAGAGGCGUGUAUUGGACUUGGAAAUUGGUGAAUUCUAUGAGGAUGAUGAGAUUCGAUACCUGACGAAACUGAAAACUCCAAAGAUUGCUGCAGGAUAUAAAGGUGAUGAAGAAUCAAACAAGAAACAGCAGAAGCUUUCCAGCAUGGAGAAAAUUGGUGCUUCAAAGUUGGUGAAUGAUGGGAAGAAGAAGUCUUCAUUAGACAUAGCAUCAAAGGACACAGAUUACAAGGAAGAAGAUCUGGCCUCUGAGGGUGAGCUUGAGCAGAAAAAGGAAUCCGUUGAUACAUUGAUGGAUGGUAAGAGGGAGAUGAAGCUAACUACACGUCAACGAGCCCUUCAGUCAAGCAAAGAUGGCUCUGCACAUGGUGCCAACUUAAUUGAGUUUUCAAAUGGAUUACCACCUGCACCACUAAGAAAGCAAAAGGAGAAACUUUCUGAAGUGGAGCAGCAACUAAAGAAGGCUGACGCUGCUCAGAGACGUAGAAUACAAGUUGAGAAGGCUGCAAGGGAAUCUGAGGCUGAGGCUAUUAGAAAAAUACUUGGUCAAAAUUCCAGCAGAAGGAAGCGAGAAGACGAAAUAAAGAAGCUUCAGGAAGAGUUAGCGAAGGAGAAGGUUGCUAAUGCCCUGAAGCGUGCAUCAAACACCAUCAGAUGGGUCAUGGGACCAAAUGGGACUGUUGUGACAUUCCCCAAGGAGAUGGGUUUCCCUAGUAUUUUCUACAAUAAAGCCUGCAGCUACCCACCUUUGCGCGAACAGUGUGCAGGCCCUUCAUGUACUAACCCCAAAAAAUAUAGAGAUUCGAAGUCAAAGCUUCCGCUUUGCAGCCUACAAUGCUACAAGGCGAUUCAGGAACAGAUGCAAACUAAAGCUAGCUGCUGAUUUUGUCAGAAAUCUUGCUCGAGCUCUGAUACCUGAAGAUAUUUUUGCACAGGCAUGUUAGUAAUUACGUCAACUAUAGGCUAGCUAGUGAAAGAGCUGCUUAUUUUACCUUUUAUUUUUUAUGAACUUAAGAGAGAUGGACUACACAAGGAUGGUUGCUCUAGGGCUGUUUUUUGUCUAUCCCUCCCGUGAAAGUAUGCUAGAUGAUUCUGCAAGUGCAAAUAAAUAAAGUAGAACAUUCAGUUUUUUUGCCAUUCA